GCGCGCGGAUUGGCCGACGCGCGCGGGGGCCGCGUCAGCGCCCGCGAGCCCAUUCAUCUGUGCACUUGGGCGUUGGACCCCGCAUCUUAUUAGCAACCAGGGAGAUUUCUCCAUUUUCCUCUUGUCUACAGUGCGGCUACAAAUCUGGGAUUUUUUUAUUACUUCUUUUUUUUUCGAACUACACUUGGGCUCCUUUUUUUGUGCUCGACUUUUCCACCCUUUUUCCCUCCCUCCUGUGCUGCUGCUUUUUGAUCUCUUCGACUAAAAUUUUUUUAUCCGGAGUGUAUUUAAUCGGUUCUGUUCUGUCUUCUCCACCACCCCCACCCCCCUCCCUCCGGUGUGUGUGCCGCUGCCGCUGUUGCCGCCGCCGCUGCUGCUGCUGCUCGCCCCGUCGUUACACCAACCCGAGGCUCUUUGUUUCCCCUCUUGGAUCUGUUGAGUUUCUUUGUUGAAGAAGCCAGCAUGGGUGCCCAGUUCUCCAAGACCGCAGCGAAGGGAGAAGCCGCCGCGGAGAGGCCCGGGGAGGCGGCUGUGGCCUCGUCGCCUUCCAAAGCGAACGGGCAGGAGAAUGGCCACGUGAAGGUAAACGGCGACGCUUCGCCCGCGGCCGCCGAGUCGGGCGCCAAGGAGGAGCUGCAGGCCAACGGCAGCGCCCCGGCCGCCGACAAGGAGGAGCCCGCGGCCGCCGGGAGUGGGGCGGCGUCGCCCUCCGCAGCCGAGAAAGAUGAGCCGGCCGCCGCCGCCCCCGAGGCUGGGGCCAGCCCGGUAGAGAAGGAGGCCCCCGCGGAAGGCGAGGCUGCGGAGCCCGGCUCGCCCACGGCCGCGGAGGGAGAGGCCGCAUCGGCCGCCUCCUCGACGUCUUCGCCCAAGGCCGAGGAUGGGGCCACGCCCUCGCCCAGCAACGAGACCCCGAAAAAAAAAAAGAAGCGCUUUUCCUUCAAGAAGUCUUUCAAGCUGAGCGGCUUCUCCUUCAAGAAGAACAAGAAGGAGGCUGGAGAAGGCGGUGAGGCCGAGGCGCCCGCUGCCGAAGGCGGCAAGGACGAGGCCGCCGGGGGCGCCGCUGCGGCCGCCGCCGCCGAGGCGGGCGCGGCCUCCGGGGAGCAGGCAGCGGCGCCGGGCGAGGAGGCGGCAGCUGGCGAGGAGGGGGCGGCGGGUGGCGACCCGCAGGAGGCCAAGCCCGAGGAGGCUGCUGUCGCGCCAGAGAAGCCACCCGCCAGCGACGAGACCAAGGCCGCCGAGGAGCCCAGCAAGGUAGAGGAGAAGAAGGCCGAGGAGGCCGGGGCCAGCGCCGCAGCCUGCGAGGCCCCCUCGGCCGCCGGGCCUGGCGCGCCCCCGGAGCAGGAGGCCGCCCCCGCAGAGGAGCCCGCGGUCGCCGCCGCCUCGUCAGCCUGCGCAGCCCCGUCACAGGAGGCCCAGCCCGAGUGCAGUCCAGAAGCCCCCCCAGCGGAGGCGGCAGAGUAAAAGAGCAAGCUUUUGUGAGAUAAUCGAAGAACUUUUCUCCCCUGUUUGUUUGUUGGAGUGGUGCCAGGUACUGGUUUUGGAGAACUUGUCUACAACCAGGGAUUGAUUUUAAAGAUGUCUUUUUUUAUUUUACUUUUUUUAAGCACCAAAUUUUUUUUUCUCCCCCCCCCACCCCCACAGAUCCCAUCUCAAAUCAUUCUGUUAACCACCAUUCCAACAGGUGGAGGAGAGCUUAAACACCUUCUUCCUCUGCCUUGUUUCUCUUUUAUUUUUUGUUUUUUCGCAUCAGUAUUAAUGUUUUUGCAUACUUUGCAUCUUUAUUCAAAAAUGUAAACUUUCUUUGUCAAUCUAUGGACAUGCCCAUAUAUGAAGGAGAUGGGUGGGUCAAAAAGGGAUAUCAAAUGAAGUGAUAGGGGUCACAAUGGGGAAAUUGGAGUGGUGCAUAACAUUGCCAAAAGAAUGUGCCACUAGAAAUGGUGUAAAGGCUGUCUUUUUUUUUUUUUUUUAAAGAAAAGUUAUUACCAUGUAUUUUGUGAGGCAGGUUUACAACACUACAAGUCUUGACUAAGAAGGAAAGAGGAAAAAAGAAAAAACACCAAUACCCAGAUUUAAAAAAAAAAAACGAUCAUAGUCUUAGGAGUUCAUUUAAACCAUAGGAACUUUUCACUUAUCUCAUGUUAGCUGUACCAGUCAGUGAUUAAGUAGAACUACAAGUUGUAUAGGCUUUAUUGUUUAUUGCUGGUUUAUGACCUUAAUAAAGUGUAAUUAUGUAUUACCAGCAGGGUGUUUUUAACUGUGACUAUUGUAUAAAAACAAAUCUUGAUAUCCAGAAGCACAUGAAGUUUGCAACUUUCCACCCUGCCCAUUUUUGUAAAACUGCAGUCAUCUUGGACCUUUUAAAACACAAAUUUUAAACUCAACCAAGCUGUGAUAAGUGGAAUGGUUACUGUUUAUACUGUGGUAUGUUUUUGAUUACAGCAGAUAAUGCUUUCUUUUCCAGUCGUCUUUGAGAAUAAAGGAAAAAAAAUCUUCAGAUGCAAUGGUUUUGUGUAGCAUCUUGUCUAUCAUGUUUUGUAAAUACUGGAGAAGCUUUGACCAAUUUGACUUAGAGAUGGAAUGUAACUUUGCUUACAAAAAUUGCUAUUAAACUCCUGCUUAAGGUGUUCUAAUUUUCUGUGAGCACACUAAAAGCGAAAAAUAAAUGUGAAUAAAAUGUACAAAUUUGUUGUGUUUUUUUAUGUUCUAAUAAUACUGAGACUUCUAGGUCUUAGGUUAAUUUUUUGGAAGAUCUUGCAUGCCAUCAAGAGUAAAUUUUCUUGUGGUUCUUAAUCUGAAGUUUUCAAGCUCUGAAAUUCAUAAUCCGCAGUGUCAGAUUACGUAGCGGAAGAUCUUACAACAUUCCAUGUCAAAUCUGUUACCAUUUAUUGGCAUUUAGUUUUCAUUUAAGAAUUGAACAUAAUUAUUUUUAUUGUAGUUAUAUAGCAUGUCAGAUUAAAUCAUUUAGAACAAAAGGGGUGUGAACCUAAGACUAUUUAAAUGUCUUAUGAGAAAAUUUCAUAAAGCCAUUUUCUUGUAAUUCAGGUCCAGAAACAAAUUUUAAACUGAGAGUCUAUAGAAUCCAUAGUGCAGAUGGGUCAUGAAAUGUGGCCAAAUGUGUUUCAAAAAUUGAUGGUGUAUUACUUGCUAUUGUAAUUGCUUAGUGCUUGGCUAAUUUCCAAAUUAUUGCUUAAUAUGUUAUACCUUAAGAAAACAGGUUUAUGUAACAAAGUAAUGGUGUUGAAUGGAUGAUGUCAGUUCAUGGGCCUUUAGCAUAGUUUUAAGCUUUUUUUUUUUGUUUUUUGUUUUUUCCAAGUGUGUUAGCAUCUUGUUACUCAAAGGAUAAGAUAGACAAUAAUACUUCACUGAAUAUUAAUAAUCUUUACUAGUUUACCUCCUCUGCCCUUUACCACCCGGUAACUGGUUAUCUUUUUCUUCACUGGACCCUAAACUGAUUGAAUUUUAAGAUAUGUAUUAAAAACCAUUAUUUCAUUUAAUGCACAUCUGUUUUGCUGUUUUUGAGCAGUGUGCAGUUUAGGGUUCAUGAUAAAUCAUUGAACCACAUGUGUAACAACUGAAUGCCAAAUCUUAAACUCAUUAGAAAAAUAACAAAUUAGCUUUUGACACACACUCUUAAUUGGAAUAAUGGAUCAAAAAUAGUGGUUCAUGACCUUACCAAACACCCUUGCUACUAAUAAAAUCAAAUAACACUUAGAAGGGUGUAUAUUUUUAGUUAGGGUUUCUUGAUCUUGGAGGAUGUUUGAAAGUUAAAAAUUGAAUUUGGUAACCAAAGGACUGAUUUAUGAGCCUUUCGUAUCUUAACCAACUUUUUCUUAGUUACCUAGAUGGCCAAGUACAGUGCCUGGUGUGUAGUAGGACUCAGUAAAAAAGUAGAUUUUUAAAAAUAACUCCCAAAGUGAAUAGUCAAAAAUCCUGUGUAGCAAACUGUUAUAUAUUGCUGAGUUUGUUCUUUUAACAGCUGGAAUUUAUUAAGAUGCAUUAUUUUGAUUUUAUUCACUGCCUAAAACACUUUGGGUGGUAUUGAUGGAGUUGGUGGAUUUUCCUCCAAGCGAUUAAAUGAAAUUUGACGUAUCUUUUCAUCCAAAGUUUUGUACAUCAUGUUUUCUAACGGAAAAAAAAAAUGUUAAUAUGGCUUUUUUGUAUUACUAAAAAUAGCUUUGAGAUUAAGGAAAAAUAAAUAACUCUUGUACAGUUCAGUAUUGUCUAUUAAAUCUGUAUUGGCAGUAUGUAUAACGGCAUUUGCUGUGGUUACAAAAUACUUCCCCUGGGUUAUAAUAAUCAUUUGAUCCAAUUCCUAUUGCUUGUAAAAUAAAGUUUUACCAGUUGAU